AUGCCUACAAAAGUUCUGUCUCCUGCUUGUGCUCUUUGUGGUUUUGCUACAGAGGACCUUUACCAUUUCGUGGUGGGUUGCCAUGUCAAGUCAUUUUUCUGGCAGGAUGUAGUCUCUUUGUUGUCACUUCAAGAGCUACUCCCCUCUGCUUUUUCUAUUUGGUUGGCGCUGACUACCUUUUGUAGUGGUUCAGAUUUGUUGGUGAUCGAUGAGGAUGUUCUGAUUGCUCUUGGUGCUGCUUACAGUACACUUUGGAAGUAUCAUUGGCGAUGCGUCAUAGACGAGGAGCCUUGGAUAGCUUCUGCUGCUAUCAACAUGGUCCGUCAAGACCAUAGUACACUCUUUUCUUCUCUUUCUUUGGCAAGUGUUCAAGCUGGCACCUUGGCCUUGCCUGUAAUUACUGUAUAG